UUCCCCGGCAGAGGCGGGGAGCUGGCGCUGUGGUCAGCUGAGCGGCGCCAGGCGGGUCGCGAGGCUGAUCUUAAGCCCCCGGGCCCCGCCGCUCCGGUCCCCGCCCUCGGCCGGUCUCCCAGACGGCGUCCACAUCCGGGCCGGGAGCUCUCCUCCAGGGGCACGAUGCCUAGGGGUCAGUGACAUCGAGAGAAGCCGAUCGCCGGCGGCCGGAACUUCUGCCAUGUCCCACCAACCUCUCAGCUGCCUGACUGAAAAGGGGGACAGUCCCAUUGAGACCACAGGAAAUGGACCCCCCAUUCUGGCUCACCCCAGCCUGGAUACAUUCACCCCAGAGGAGCUGCUGCAGCAGAUGAAGGAGCUCUUGGUUGAGAACCACCAGCUGAAAGAAGCCAUGAAGCUAAAUAAUCAAGCUAUGAAAGGGCGAUUUGAGGAGCUCUCAGCCUGGACAGAGAAACAGAAGGAAGAACGCCAGUUUUUUGAGAUACAGAGCAAAGAAGCCAAAGAGCGCCUGAUGGCCUUGAGUCAUGAAAAUGAAAAAUUGAAGGAAGAGCUUGGAAAACUAAAAGGGAAAUCAGAAAGACCAGUUGAGGACCCCACUGGUGACUCUAGGCUUCCCAAGGUGGUAGCAGAGCAGGAAGUGGAACAGCUGAAGACCCAGGUGGCACGCCUUCAGGCUGAAAAGGCAGACCUGCUGGGCAUCGUGUCUGAAUUACAGCUCAAGCUGACUGCCAGCGGCUCCUCAGAAGACUCCUUUGUUGAAAUCAAGAUGGCUGUAAGAGKUUUGUAUUUCAUCUCCAUCAGGAGCAAAUCUACCAAAGGUGCCAAGAAUUAUUUGGAAUUUGAAGAAUUAACUGUGAGCCAGCUCCUGCUUUGCCUAAGGGAAGGAAACCAGAAGGUGGAGAGACUUGAAAUUGCGCUCAAAGAAGCCAAAGAAAGAAUUUCAGAUUUUGAAAAUAAAGCAAAUGAUCAUUCUGAAGUUGAGACACAGACAGAGGGCAGCAAAGAAAAAGAGAAUGAAGAGGAGAAAGACACAGAAACUGUGGGUACUAAGAUUCCAAGACUGCUGACACACCGAAUGGAUAAAGAAUGCCAGGCCCUUGAAAGGAAAAAUUCUGCAACCCCAGCAGAGCUGAAUGAAAAGCAAGAGCUYGUUUAUAAUAACAAGAAGCUAGAGCUGCAAGUGGAAAGCAUGCGAUCGGAAAUCAAAAUGGAGCAAGCUAAAACAGAGGAUGGAAAGUCCAAGUUAGCCAUUCUACAGUCAACACACAACAAGCUUCUUCAARAACAUAAUAAUGCAUUGAAAACAAUUGAGGAACUAAUAAGGAAAGAGAUCUAUGAACUAUCAGAAAUUGGCUUUUAUAUAGAGAGUGAUCUGCAGGGAAUCCACAUUCAUCUCAGUAGAAACUUCUUUACUUUUUUCCUCUWACAGAUGGAGGUUUAUUGUUCUGAUUUUCAUGCUGAAAGAGCAGCAAGAGAGAAGAUUCAUGAAGAAAAGGAGCAACUUGCAUUGCAGCUGGCAAUUUUGCUAAAAGAGAACAACGUUUUUGAAGAUGGAGGCAGUAGGCAAUCCUUGAUGGAAAUGCAGAGCCGGCAUGGGGCAAGAACAAGUGACCCAGACCAGCAGGCUUACCUCAUCCAAAGAG